AUAAUAUAUAUAUCUCCAUAUCUUUCCAUCUUCCAUAAUCUCCAAUCCUCCAUUGCUGCAAGCGAUUGAGCAAUUAAACUCGAAGAAGAAAAAAUGGGUAAGGAAGUGGUAGACGACGCCGGGGAGGAGUACCUUUUCAAGAUAGUUGUGAUUGGAGAUUCGGCUGUGGGGAAGUCUAAUUUGCUCUCCCGAUUCGCAAGAGACGAGUUCGAUCUUCACUCCAAAGCUACGGUCGGAGUUGAGUUUCAGACACAGGUUGUUGAAAUCGAAGGUAAGGAAGUCAAAGCCCAGGUUUGGGAUACAGCAGGUCAAGAAAGAUUCCGUGCCGUCACAUCGGCAUACUACCGCGGCGCCGUUGGUACCCUCAUUGUCUACGACAUUUCCCGGCGAACAACGUUCGACAGCAUCAAACGCUGGCUAGAUGAACUCAAUACCCAUUGCGACACUGCAGUGGCAAAAAUGCUGGUAGGGAACAAGUCUGAUCUGGAUAAUAUCAGGGCAGUCAGUGUUGAAGAGGGGAAAAGUCUUGCUGAAGAGGAAGGUUUGUUCUUCAUAGAAACAUCAGCUUUGGAUUCCACUAAUGUCAUGAAAGCUUUUGAGAUUGUCAUUAGAGAAAUCUACAAUAACGUCAGUAGGAAAGUCCUUAACUCGGAUUCAUACAAGGCUGAGUUAUCGAUGAACCGAGUCACCCUUGUCAAUGGGUCGGACACAGAUAGGAAAAAAGGUGCCUUAUCUUGCUGUUCUUCUGGCUAGUGCUUGUUUUCCACCUCAAUUUCUUAGCUAUUGACUUUGAUGGACUAUUAGAGGUCUUUUUUGAUACUUGUGUUAUUUCCUUUCCUAUUUUACUUCCUUAUGAAGAGAAGAACAUCAAGAAGAUAGAUGUUUGCUUUUUUUUU